CGAAUCGUAUUCGUUGCCAAAGCGCAAAGGGCCCAUAACCAUAUUCAUGAAAGAGCUGUGCGACCAGAAGAAACAAAUUACAGAGUUGGUUUCAUCAAAAUCGAAGGUUUUUUAACUGUUAUUCUAACAGUGAAGGCACAAAAUCAUGGCGGACAGUGAGCAAUUAGUCUACAUCAGCUGCGCAGAAGAGAUUCGCUACUCCUUCGUCAGCCACCUCUCCGAAGCUCUCCGUCGAAAAGGCAUACACGAUGUAUUCGUCGACAGCUACGACGAUCUGCUUUCCGACGAGUCUCAAUCAAAGGUUGAGAGAGCUAGGGUUUCUGUGAUGGUUUUACCCGGAGACCGAAGUACGGCAUGCCUUGACAAACUCGUGAAGGUCCUCGAGUGCGAGAGGACCAACGACCAGGUGGUAGUUCCAGUGUUGUACGGCGUCAGAACAUUAGAGACCGAUUGGCAUAUCGCGUUAGAUUCCAAGGGCUUCUCAUCAAUCCACCAGUCCAGGAAGGGAUGUAGCGACUCACAACUUGUAAAAGAUAUUGUGAGAGAUGUGUAUGAGAAGCUUUUUUAUACGGGACGGAUUGGCAUCUACUCAAAGCUGCUGGAGAUAGAAACCAUGGUUUGCAAACAAUCCUUGGACAUCCGCCGUGUUGGAAUUUGGGGUAUGCCUGGCAUAGGCAAGACAACACUUGCUAAAGCAGUCUUUGAUCAAAUGUCCAGUGCCUUUGAUGCUUCUUGUUUUAUUGAAGACUAUACCAAAGCUAUUCAAGAGAAGGGUCUUUAUCGCUUGCUGGAAGAACAAUUUUUGGAAGAAAAGGCUGGUGCUAGCGGUGGUACCAUUACGAAAUUGAGCUUGAUUAAAGAGAAAUUAAACAAUAAGAGAGUUCUUGUUGUUCUUGAUGAUGUGCGCAAUGCUCUGGUUGUGGAGUCUUUUCUUAGAGGGUUUGACUGGUUUGGUCCCGAAAGCCUAAUCAUCAUAACUUCCAGAGAUAGAAAGGUGUUUCGCCUUUGUCGAGUCAAUCAAAUAUAUGAGGUUCCAGGUUUGAAUGAGAAAGAGGCUCUUCAACUUUUCUCUUUCUGUGCAUCUAUGAAUGAUAGGGCAGAGCAGGGUCUCCACGAGGUGUCAAUGAAAGUGAUUGCAUAUGCUAAAGGACAUCCUUUAGCUCUCAAUAUUUAUGGCAAGGAGCUGAAGGGUAUAAAAAGCCCUUCAGAAUUGGAAACAGCAUUCCUCGAACUCAAGGAACGUCCUCCAACUAAGUUUGUUGAUGCAAUCAAGAGUUGCUAUGACUCACUCAAUGACAGCGAAAAAUACAUUUUUUUGGAUAUAGCUUGUUUCUUUCAAGGAGAAAAUGUCGACUACGUGAUGCAACUGCUUGAGGGUUGUGGUUUCUUUCCACAUGUUGGAAUGGAUGUUCUUGUCGACAAGUGUCUGGUGACUCUUUCAGAAAACCGAGUGUGUAUGCAUAACUUGAUCCAAGAUGUUGGCAGAGAAAUAAUAAAAAGAGAAACAUUACAGAUUGAGAGGCGCAGCAGACUGUGGGAACCUUGGUGCAUCAAAUUGUUAUUAGAAGAUAACAGACGAAAAGAAAAUGGAGAACACAAAACAACUUUGGAAUGUGCUCAGGGCACUGACGAGAUCGAAGGCAUGUUUCUAGACACAUCAAACUUAAGUUUUGAUGUCAAUCCUGCUGCAUUUGAGAAUAUGUUGAACCUUAGAUUGCUCAAAAUUUACUGUUCCAAACCUGAAAUCCAUCCUGUAAUCAAUUUCCAUAGAGGCUCUCUACAGUUUUUUCCUAAUGAGCUAAGACUCCUCCACUGGGAGAACUACCCUCUGCAACUUCUGCCUCAAAAUUUUGAUCCUAGGCACCUUGUGGAAAUCAACAUGCCAUACAGCCAACUUAGGAAACUUUGGGGUGGAAUCAAGAAGCUAGAGAUGUUGAGGACGAUCAGACUUUGUCAUUCUCAGCAACUAGUUGAUAUUGACGACCUCUUAAAAGCUCCAAAUCUUGAGGUGAUUGAUCUCCAAGGUUGUACAAAGCUGCAUAGUUUCCCAGCCACAGGUCAACUGAUGAAUCUACGAGUUGUAAAUCUCUCAGGUUGCACAGAAAUCAAAAGUUUCCCAGAGAUUCCCCCAAAUAUUGAGAUACUGCAUUUACGGGGGACCGGCAUAACAGAAUUACCACUUUGUGUUGUUAAGCCAAACUACAAAGAUCUUUUGAGACUUCUAGCUGAAAUCCCAGGUCUUUCAGGUGUCUCAAACCUUGCGGAAGCUGAUGUCAAAUCUUUAACAAGUCUGAUGAAAGUGAGCACAUCUAAUCAAGAUCUUGGUAAGCUUAUUUGCAUAGAGCUAAAAGAUUGUUCUCGUUUGCGAAGUCUGCCAGACAUGGUUAAUUUAGAACUUCUCAGAGUUCUUGAUCUUUCUGGUUGCUCAGAGCUUGAGACUAUUCAGGGGUUCCCACGGAACCUGAAAGAGUUAUAUCUUGGUGGCACUGCAGUAAGAGAAGUGCCACAACUUCCUCAAAGUCUAGAACUCUUUAAUGCACAUGGUUGUGUCUCACUCAAAUCAGUUAGUUUGGACUUUGAGAACAUUCCUGUGCAUUACACAUUAAGUAACUGUUUUGAUCUCUCUCCAGAAGUGGUCAACGAUUUUUUAGUGAAAGCACUGGUUAAUGCAAAACACUUACCAAGAGAGCGUCAGCAGCAGGAACUCAACAGAGCUCUGGCUUUCAGCUUCUGUGUGCCCUGUCACGCGAAUCAAAAUUCUACACUUGACCUGCAACUAGGAUCUUCUGUAAUGACGCGACUAGACCCUUCUUGGAGAAACAUGCUUGUGGGCUUCGUUAUGCUAGUGGAAGUUUCAUUUUCAGAGGAUUCCUUUGAUACUACUGGUUUUGGCAUUAGCUGCGUUUGCAGAUGGAAAAACAAGGAAGGCCACUCUCAUAAAAUAGAAAGAAAUUUUCAUUAUUGGGCUCCAGGAGAAGCUAUUCCAAAACUUCAAAAGGAUCAUAUGUUUGUGUUCUGUGAUGUUAAUAUGCGUCCAAGUACUGAUGAAGAAAACGACCCUGAUAUCUGGGCUGAUUUAGUUGUUUUUGAUUUUGUUCCUGUCAACAAACAGACAAAGCCUCUAGAUGAUAUUUGCACAGUGAGAAGAUGUGGAGUCCGUGUAAUAACUUCUACAACUGGUGAUACUAUCUCUGAGAACAUUUUACCAGAUUUUUCCUCGAACACAUUCGAGUCUUCUGGUAAUGACGUUGAAGAAGAAGUGUUGAGAGUCACUUAUGAUGGUUUACAAGACAGAGAAAAAGCUUUAUUUCUUUACAUGGCGUUUUUGUUAAAUGACGAGGAUGUUGGUUUGGUGGCACCACUUAUUGCUAGCAUUGAUUUGGAUGUUAGCUCUGGGCUCAAGGUAUUAGCCGAUAAGUCUCUCAUAUGUGUAUCUUCCAACGGACAAAUAGUGGUGCAUGGUUUGCUACGGAAAAUGGGUAAAGAAAUCCUCCAUGGACAAUCCAUGAUGCCAGGUAGCUCAAAGAAGACUGAGAGAUUGCUCGAAAAUCGUCAGAGUUCUGUGAGCAUUGCAAGGAAAAUCUUGAUCACUGAUUCAGAGAAUUCCGGAAAAAGGACCAGGGAUUCGUUUAAUUACCUGCCAAUAAGAGAAAACGAUGGAAGAGACAGAGAGAGAGAAGACAGCCAUUUUGUCAAGAGAGGAAGACACAGAGAGACAGAGACAACAAUGGCCGAAGCGAAGGAGGAGAAAAGAGAAAUAAAUAAAGAAGAAAAGAGCGUUAAGCUUUUCGUCGGACAAAUUCCAAAACAUAUGUUGGAAUCUCAACUCCUAACAUUUUUUCAGGAGUUUGCAGUCGUAAACGAAGUCAAAAUCAUCAAGGAAAAGAGUACAGGCGUCUCGCGAGGAUGUUGUUUUCUGCUAUGUUCAUCGAGACAAGAAGCAGAUAAGUUGGUUAAUUCUUGCCAUAACAAAAAGACAUUGCCUGGGGCAUCUAAUCCAGUGCAAGUAAAGUAUGCAGAUGGUGAACUGGAAAGGCUAGAACAUAAGCUUUUUGUCGGUAUGCUUCCAAAGAAUGUCUCUGAAGCUGAAGUUCAAUCAUUAUUCUCCAAGUAUGGGACCAUAAAGGAUUUACAGAUUCUAGGAGGUUCUCAACUAACAAGCAGAGGUUGUGCUUUUCUCAAGUACGAGACAAAAGAACAAGCUGAUGCUGCUAUUGAAGCCGUCAAUGGAAAACAUAUAAUGGAGGGGACUGUUCCUUUAGUUGUCAGAUGGGCCGACACAGAAAAAGAGAAACACACAAGAAAACUUCAAAAGGCUAAUGCUGAUCGAACAAAUGCGUCAUUGUUUGGAGCAUUUCCCAUGUUUACUCAUGAGGCUAUUGAAAGUUAUGGUCACAUGCUACCACCAAUUCAGAACCAACGUGCAUUUCCCAAUAUGUUUGUACAACCAAACCAAGUUAAUAACAACGAGUUGCAAGGAACAUUGCUUGACUCUGUGCCAACUCUUUUUGCCCAUAGAGACUCUUAUGUGUCUCCUGCAAAUUAUGUGGGGCCUUUUUAUCCCAUACGCUCUCUAAGUAGCUAUCCUGGAUACAUAUCACCUGACAUUGACAACACUUGCGUAUCCGAGGGGCCAGAAGGUGCGAAUCUGUUUAUCUAUAACAUACCUCUGGAAUUUGGGGAUCAAGAACUUGCGUCUAUAUUUCAACCUAUCGGUGUUGUUCUGAGCGCAAAGGUUUUUGUAGACAAAGCCACUGGUCUAAGCAAAUGUUUCGGUUCUGUUCGUUAUGACUCACAAGCAGCCGCGCAAAACGCUGUGAACACGAUGAAUGGUCGCUAUGUAGGUGGUAAGAAAUUGAGAGUCCAGCUUCAGAGAGACAAUGAUAAGCCUCAUCAGGUCUACAUAAGGAGGAAGAAUAGAGAAGGAGGAGCACGUGUGAGCUGAGAAGAGAACACGUGCGAGUAAAUGAAGUCUUUUGUAUAUAAACUUGUAAAAACAGAGUGAGUCAUUAUGUUGUUUGUUGUUGAAGAGUCUUAUGCGACUUUGGGAAUUCGGUUAUGUCUAGCUGCCUCUAAAGAUCGAUUCCGUUAUCAAUUGUAACAGUUCAUUCAGAUAAUAAAAAGAGGAGGUUUUUUCUUAUCAA